AUGAAGCGCGAGACCUCAUCAGACCCUCCGUCGGAGUACGAUGUUGAGGCCACCUCCGUGCCUCGUGGCUGGUCUGCAUGGUUCGGCGGCAAGAAUGUCACCAUCGGGCCUCGCAUUGCGCCCGUUGUCGCUCCGAUCAGCGGCGAAUAUGCUGGUGACUCCGACAGUGGCAUGAGCAGCGAAGCUAUUCUCAGCAAGCAAAUCGCCGAGGAGGCCUCGUGCGCCAUUCAGUACCGCACCUGUAGUUGGCAGAAGACUGCGGCUCUGCUAUUCUCCGAGUAUAUCUGCUUGGCUAUCAUGAGCUUCCCGUGGUCGUACAGCGUCCUCGGCCUCGUCCCUGGGCUCAUCCUGACUCUCGUGCAAGCCCUCGUCGUCCUCUACACCUCAAUCAUCCUGUGGGAGUUCUGCUUGCGACAUCCCGAAGUCCGAGAUGUAUGCGAUAUUGGGCAGAUGCUUUUCUGGGGCAAGAAGUGGGCAUGGUAUGCCACUGCUGUCAUGUUUCUGUUAAACAACACAUUCAUCCAGGGCCUCCAUGUUCUCACUGGCGCCAAGUACAUCAACACUAUGAUCGGCGGCGACACUUCGAGCGUCGCUUGCCAAACUGUGUCGUUUGGUGCUGUUAUGGCUGUGGUAUCUUGGAUAUCGUCACUGCCUCGCACCUUCUCUUUGCUUUCCAAGCUCGGGACUGCUUCAGCUUUGUUCACCUUCAUAUCUGUCCUACUGGCCGUCAUCUUUGCUGGUAUAGAGGACCAUCCUGCGACAUGGACUGAGGCCCAAGGCAACCCACUUGUGACAGCUAUACCAGUCGCUAGUACGACCUGGGUGUCAGGGCUCAACGCCUUCCUCAAUAUCAGCUAUACCUUCAUUGGACAGAUCACCCUCCCCAGCUUCAUUGCCGAGAUGAAGGAGCCCAGAGAUUUCCCCAAGGCUCUUUGGGCGUGUACCAUCCUCGAGAUCAUCGUGUUCAGCGUCGUCGGCGCUCUCAUCUAUGCAUUUACCGGCAACCAAUACAUGACUGCGCCGGCUUUUGGUUCUCUAGGGGACACGCUUUACAAGAAGAUCUCCUUUUCCUUCAUGAUCCCUACGCUCAUCUUUCUGGGCGUCUUGUAUGCCUCAGUUUCGGCCCGGUUCUUGUUCUUCCGUAUCUUUGAGAACUCCCGACACAAGACCGAGCAUACCGUUGUCGGCUGGGUAACUUGGGCCUCAAUCCUGCUUGUAACCUGGAUCCUCGCUUUCAUCAUCGCCAACUCGAUUCCGUUCUUCAGCUCCCUCUUAUCGCUCAUGUCCUCCCUCUUCGACUCCUUCUUCGGCUUCAUAUUCUGGGGUGUGGCUUAUUUCCGCAUGAGGAAAGCCGACGGCGCGGUGGCAUUGGUCAAGGAUCGUUCAAUCCGGGGCUGGUUUGAAGGAAUACUCAACGUCAUCAUCAUACUCACGGGCGUGUUCAUGUUAACUGUUGGAACUUACGCCACUAUACAGGGCAUUCUCGACGAAUACCAGCUCGGCACAGUGGGCUCAGCAUUCCAGUGCACCAGCAAUGGCAUCUGA